AUGUGCACCGUAGGUCCCAAAUUCCCAGCGUGCGUUGCGUUGAACACUUGUGAAUUAGAACUACUGAUGUCGUCCAAUGAAAUCAACAAUGUAGUUUUCACAGAACGGGGCAAAAAUACCUGUAAGGAUGUUUGUCGCCAAUACCACACCAAUAUAAGGUUGGAGGGAGCCCCAGAGGUCACGUUGACUGAAGCAUAUUGCGACUACACUGGAGUCAUCGCUUUCCGGGACGAUCAAGAGCCAGAGUUGAGUAGUGUGUGCACUUGUGCCUACAUGGUGAGAUGUAACAGGCGGACGCAGAUAAUUUCCUACCUAUUUCAAGCGAACCCGGCGGGAUUUCUUAAAGUUAAGAUGACCGAAACGAGUGUACCUAAAGACAUUACGUAAACAACCCGUCAUUGUUUAUAUAGGUGGAAUAUUUUAUUUUGAAAAGUUAACACAGUACAUUCUUAAUUUAUUAAGUUACAUGAAUAAGUAAUUUGGGUAAAAUUUGGAAGGUCUCACUCAACCCUUUCUGGUGCCGCAUUAGGGUUGAAAUAUGACAAAACAGGGUAGUUUUCUUAUUAUUUUAUUCAGAAACUUUCGCUGAUAAUGCAAAAAUGUAAGAACCUUAAUGAUAUAUUUCGAUAUCGUCUAUAAAAGAGAAUUCCACAAAAAUUAUCGUAAGUUCAUUUAUAUUUUUAAAAAAAUGACAAAGUACCAAAACAUUGUAUUUAUUUCUUGGCAUUGAUUUUUGUUCGGUUAGUUGAAUACAUAGAAUGUCCGUUUGGAUAAAUGAUAUAUCCAAUUUAUGUAAUAAUUAAUCAUCCGAAAAAACCAUUUACAAUAAUUGUACAAUUAAUAACUAUAAUAAAUUACGACAAUAUUAUUGUCAGUUUUUGUAAUAAAAUUAUUUAUUAUAUAUUUAAUUUUUUGGUUACCCAUAUAAUCAUUUAAUAUUGCCAAUCGUUAUAUUAUGGUUCUCGUUUGGACAAAAUUUGUUUGACCAUUUACGAUAUUAUCGUUUAUAUUUUAAUACAGGGUAAGUCCACGUACUUUUACGUUUAUUUUUGUAAUAAUCCAUCUAAUGUUAUACAUUAUAUUAAUUUAUUGCUAGUUAACAAAGGUGGCCAUUACUAGAAAAGUCCAAGCGUUCUAGUUAGAUACUAUAUUUUCUAACACGGGGAGAUUGAAUGGGGCUUGCACAAUCUUAGAACCAAGUCCAGAAAGAAAAAUUUUAGUUUUGACGUGUCGACAUCACAUUAUUGAAUUUGUGUUACAAGAUGUAUUUUUAGAAGUAAAAUUAUAUCCUAAUAUUGGACCAGAUAUAUAUUUUUUUUAAAAGAUUUCAACAUGCAUAGGAAAAAAUUGAUACAAGUAAAUUAUCAACCUAGGUUUUUGAUUUUUACGUUUAUAGUAUUUAAAAAAACGAUGCUAAUGAGAUUAUUGUACAUGCAAAAAAAUUGCUGAAAAAUUUCUUCCAGAUGAUUACCAAGAAUUUUUAGAACUUGUUAUCAUAUUUUUAUGCGGAAUUCCACCUAGAGAAAUUGCUUUAAGACAACCUGGUACAUAUUAUUUAGCCAGAUGGAUGGCUAAGGACAUAUAUUUUUUAAAAUUGUAUAUACUUAAAAAUUAAUUUAAGUUAAAUAUUAAAGAAGAAAAAGCUUAAAAGGAAUUUGUUGUUUUAUAAUUGAAUGUUAGGUACAAGCUUGGUUUUCAUCUCCCAAUCAAGAGUGUGUAACAUUUUCGAUAUUUGACGAUGGUGUAAAUAACCACACAAAACGCAACAGGCUGAGAAAAUUGUAUGCACAUAAAAUUUUAGCAUAAACGAAAACUAGGAAGAGAAAGGCUUAAAAAAAAAAUAACACUUAAGUUAGAAGAUGUUGCAGAUUUUAUUCAACAAGAUUUUAUAUUUAAUUUAAUAAAUUAUAAAUCAAGUUCAAGAAGAAGUUCAAGGAAAGUUCAAGAGGUUUAAUAAUUUUAAAAAGUUUUUGUCUAUUGAUCUGGCUCUUUGGGAUAAUCAAGAUGACUACAAAAUUGGAAAACAAAUUAUAAAUCAUUGAAAUUCCUAAAUGACAUAGUUGAGAGAGGAUCAAGCUAAUAGAAAAAUAUUAUCACAUAUUUACGAAAGACGAAAAACAAAACAAUUCGUAUUACAGGUAAAUAAUUUAACUAUAAUUAACUAAAACCAAUUUUAAUAAUGUCAUCGUUUCUUCUAGACCAUUCAAGACUAUCGGAAGAAAUAUCCAAAAUAUAAUAGCCAAACGCUCUCUUAUAAGUCUCUAGAGUACACUUCCAAUAUUCAUAAUAAUUUCAGGGAUAGGAUUUCUAACAGGAGUCUAAAAGGAUUGUAUUCAAAGGAUCAUCCUUCUUGUGUAUGGAACAGAUAAUAAAAUAAUAAAGUAAAAAAAAAAAUAAUUAAAAUGGUUGAUACUCGUAAAUAAAUAUAUAAAUAAAAAAUGUAUAUACUAAAAUGAAAAAUAAAUAAAUUAAUGAAUGUGUCACCUAGAGUAUUAUGAUAAGUGUAUUAUACGAUAAAUGUCUAUCUUUAUAUCUAUAUAUAUAGCUUCUUAUUUGCCUAAUACUAUAUCUGUAUCUUUUAUACAAGUAUAUGGUCAAUUUAGUCCUUAUUUAUUCUUUAUGGGGAUACCCAGGUUUGUUUGUACAUUUCUUUACGUUGAAAGUGGGUACUAUUAACUUGGUCCGUCAUUAUUUAUGCAUUUAUGCUUUAUUUAUGCAUAUUUUCCUUUCCUAUAGUAUACCUAAAAAUAUGUUCACGCCCUACUUGGGCAUUUUGAUCUCCAAUUAUGUAAUUUCUGGGUAUCAUGUUGUAUACUUUUUCUAGAUUAUCGUAGAAAGAGUCUUUAUAAUCAUUGUCUGCCAUUUCGGUUGGUGCAUAACAAUUGAUUAUUGCUAUAUUAAAAGGUUUUCCUAACUAUUAUUAAAUAACAUGAUUGAUCAAUUACCCUAUGAUGAGUAAAAAAUAAUAUACUUACAAUAAUUGUUGUGAAAUUCUCUUAUAUAGACGAUAUUAUAAUUAUUAUUUGACGGCAAACGGUUAUUUUUAAUCAAAAAGUAUCUAUAUAUAUAUAUAUAUAUAUAAAAAAAAAUUAUAUUAAAUUAUAAAAUAAAUACAAUAAAAAAAAAAAAAGAACCGAUACUGGGGACGGAUGCAACCGCUAUUGUAGAUGGGAAAAUUAGAAGGUAGGAUACAUAGGGUUAUUUCAUUUUUAUCUGUAAGCAACGAUAAACAACUGCUUGACGAAAGAUGACAUAAUUUUUGCUAUUUUUGUUUAAAUUUGAUUUCAAAACGCUUAUUAAAAAAAAAAUUCCAAUGAUUCUGGAAAUUUGACCACGUCUAGGUAAGUCUAAUAUAAGUAUUAUUACGAAGUUUCAAGUCUGUACGUGUAUUUAUAACCGAAUUACAGCAAAAACUUCCCAAAAAUUAAAAUUCCUUAAAAGUUUAAAAGUUGCUCAAAAGUUAUAGCGAUGAUACCGUGAGAAAGUAAAUCAAAAAGGCAACAAAAACGGUAUUUUGUGAUUUUUUGAUUAAAUCUUUUUUGCUGGUAAAAAACGUCGUCCGUGUUUUUAUAAAAUAAUGAAAUCGUGAAAUUGUACGUAUUCCCAAGUUUUUUCUCCAUUUAUGUGCUUUUAUUUAAAAAAUGGCAUCAAAAAUAAAAAAAUGACUUCUUUAAAGUACAAUAUAAACAACUUGAGCUUUGAGAAAAGGUACUACACAUAAAUAUCCAAGUAAGUUUACUAGGAAAAAACGUGUUCACAGACUAGAACAAAGAAAAAAAAGAAAUAAACAUUUUAGUAAAACAAAUACCUCCUUCGCUACUCUCGGAAUCUAAAAUCACCAUAACUAGCGAACGGAUAACCACAAACAAAUUGUAGCUGUAAAAUUAUACUAGUUAUACUCUAUUCUAUUUAUUAUGGUAAUCAAAUAAUUAUUGAUUUUGUUGAGUUAGAUGGUCCUUUAAUAUGAUUAUGGCUUUAUGCAUUGUUCUGAAUUAUUAGCUCAAUUUGACUUUUUAGUCACUGUAUGAUGUACUAGACAAUCAAAUACCUUUGACGUACCAUUUUGUCGUGUUAAUUAUUCUCAAAAUUGUUCAAUAAAAUAAUAUUGUGUUUUGUAAAUAAAUUUAAUGUCGACUUAUUCUGUAGAACGAUUCUGGGACGUAAAUCAUUGCAGAUAUAGAUGAUUUUAUCGAAAAUGUUACAAUUGUAUCCAGUCCUCCCUACCUAUUUUUGUGCUCUCCCGGUUAUUCCAUAUUUUUUUCUCCGAUUUUUCCCACUUAUUGGGAAAACUUUUGUGAAAAUUAAAUAAUAAUCUCCUAAAGUAUCUCCACGGUAGAUUUCCUUUAAAACAGAAUGCCUUUAUUUUAAACCGGAGCAAAAUGUCUGGUAGAAAAGUUGUUCAUUGAUUAAAAAAAAAAAAAACAUCCUUAUAAAACCAUAUGCUCCUUCGCUCCACUCAGAAUCUUUUACGAAUUCAUUUGGUAGUAUCUACCGACACUAGAGGCCCACUUAUAAUACGAAGUAUGUACGUCCUUUUUUUUUAGAUUCCGAACGAAACGAGGGAGCUAUUGGUUUUACAAUGCUGUUUGUUUCUUCUUUGUUCCUUGUUCUAGUUUAUGGACACAUUUUUUCCUAGUAAACUUACUCGGAUUUUUACGUGUAGUAUCUUUUAUGAAAGCUCAAGUUGUCUAGAUGGUACUUUAGAUAGGUCAUUGUUUUUUGACGACAUUUUUUAAAUAAAAGCAUUCAAGCGGAAAAAUCGUAAGAAAACUUACAAUUUCACGAUUACAUUAUUAUUUUAUAAAAACACGGACGACGAAAAUCAAAUUAAAUAGUUAACAGUUAAGUAAUCCUAUUUCCCAGUUCUAUUCAAUAUUUAAAAAAAAAUAUAUAUUUUAGAUUCCGAGUGGAGCAAAAAAGCAUAUGAUUUUACAAAGAUGUUUAUUUAUUUUUUUAUAUCUGUGGACAAAUUUUCUACCUGCAAUUUUGUUCUAAUUUUUAUUAAUGAUAGCAAUAUUUCUGUAAGAAAAUUUCACUAGGGAGGUAUUUUAAAGAUGUCAUUUUUCGAUUUUCUCAGGAGUUUUCUUAUAAAAUGAAAAAUCGAAAAAAAACGGGAAUAUAUAAGAAAUAUAGAUAUUAGUUAAAAUACGGGGUGAUCAACGUAUCAUUAGACAUAUAUAAUCUAGGAAAGUAAUAACUUUUUCCGGAAUUAAUUUUCUAGAACAUUUAAGAAACAAGCUGCUUUACAAUUUUGAAUGUAUGUAAUUUUUUAUCACCCUUACUUUUAGGGGAAUAACCACUUCCUACUUUGGUAUUCAAAAGGCAACCUGUAUUAUAAAUUCCAUAAAAAGAUGAAGUAUUAAUUAAAAUAAAUUUGAGUGUCGAAAUUUUCGAUUUUCAUAGAUCCGUUGACGAGAUAUUCCACUUUUAAGUUUAGGUUGGAGUAUUGUAGUGGUGUAUUGGACAUGUUUAAUAUAAGUUGCCAUUUUAAAAUCAAAAGUAGAUAGUGGUUUUACCCCCAAAAAUAAGGGUGACAAAAAAUAACAUCCAUAUAAAAUUGUAGAACAGCUUGUUUCUUAAAUAUUCUAUAAAACGAAUUUCUGAAAAAGUUAAUAAUUUUCGAGAUAACCAGUGUUUUACAGUAGAUCGAUCACUGUAUAUUACGGCCUUGUUUUUUCUGUGAACAUCUUUUCUAUCAACUUUGCUUCAAAUUUUAAUGGUAGGAAAUUUUUGUAAAUCUCACUAUGGAGAUACUUUAGAGAGGUAAUUUUUUUAUUUUCUCAAGAAUUUUCCCAGAAAAUGUAAUAAACCGAGAUAAAACAAGGAAAAACCGGGAAAAACGUAGGGAAAUUGGGAAAAUCGGUACAACAUUAAACAAAUUAUGUUAAAGAAAAUAUAUAAAGUCUAUUUAAUUAUUUUACUAUAAAAUGACAUAUAUAUAUAUUGUCGACAAAACAUCCGCUCAGAAUCGUUUUUCGUAAGCAACGGUUUAUCGUUGCUUACAGGUAUACAUUAAAUUAUUUAUACCAGUGGUCGUCUCUGCACCCAUCUCCAUAAUCCUAGGACGUCUUUUUUUUUUUAAAUAAUUAAUUAAUGCCUCUGCGCUACAGUUUAUACAUGUAUAAUUUUCUUUAAGAGGGGGGCUUAAAAUAAAAAGUGAAAAAUUUUACUUUAAUUUUUUUUAAAAAAUUAAAAAUAGAUUUUUAGAAAAUGUUUGGUAGUUAAAACUUUUGUUAAAGUAUGGUCUUCUAUUUUCUACGAUUUUUUUAAAAACUUGAAUAAUUUAAAAAAAUUGUAUUAUCUUUUCCCUCUCACUGUUUACACAAACUUCAGCUCCUUGAUAGAUCUGUAUUUGACCUACAUGAAAAAUUAAUAAAUCAAGAUAUGGAUUUUUACAUGAAGGAAAAUGAUUUUUAGUAUACCAGUUGUCUUCAGUUACCACCAACGCUCUUAUAAAUGCUGCUACUCCUAAACAUAUAGUUAACGAUUUGUCAGUGUUUGGAUUAUGGCCAUUCAAUAGAAAUGCCUUUAUUGAUGAUGAAUAUGCUGCAGCAGUUGUUACAGAUAUUGUUUUAAUUUUUGAUGGUCAUACAACUGAUAAUGAAGUAUCUAGUUCUACAGAAAAUAUAGAAACGGUUGUAGCAGAAAAACCAGAACAAGGAACUGUUGAGGACCUGAAAUCAUUAGACCUUAUCCAAAAACUAAACCCAACUUAAAAAUCUCAAAAGCGGAAGAAAAAAGGGGAAAGCUACAAAUCUAAUACACACCGGAAAAAUAUAAAAUCGCACCGAGCCGUUAAAAAAAACAAAAAUACUAAACGUAAAUUAUUUGAUAUAAUUGAUAAAAAGAAAAAACAAAAAAACAAAAAUACAAAAGAAAAGUACAGAAGAUUAGGACACCCUAUGAUUUGCUCGGAGUUAUAUUCAAAUAGUAGAAGUGGGAUAACUUUGAUUCAGUGUUUUAGAUGCAAGUAUUGGUUUCAUGAACCUUGUACCAAAUCUAUUUUGACUGCUUAUUUUAUAUGUGACAAUUAUAAGACUGGAUGAUGAAAGAAAAUGUGAUAUUCGUUUACUAUUUGUGAAAUCAUUAAAUAUAAUAUAAUUAUAAUUUUUUUUUACCAAAGUUUAGAUUGAAAUGCGGUGGAUUUCCCAGGUUGUUAUUUUCAUUGAACACGUGUCAUAUCACCGUAAUAGGUAUCUACCAAUAAAAAUAGCCUACUGCUAACCUACAGCUAUUAUUUAUUACACAAAAGUUGGUAUUUUGUUGAUAUUAUUUUAUUUAAAAUACUUUUGUAAGUACUUAUUUUAUACUUUUAUAUCAAUCAUUCCAUUUUAUUGGUAUGUUAUGAAUAGGGUGCGGAUUUGUAUGUAUUUACAUAUUUGUCGCGAAUGAUUCCUUUGUAGAAAUAUGUUACAGGACUAUCUGAUUAUUUUAAGCUAUGGUUGAUACUACAUAUUUUUACAUAUUUGAUAUUAAUUACAUAUUUUUAAAUAAUUUAUUUAUAUUAUAUAUAUUUUUGUUAAAUAUUCAGCUAUUUACAAAAUUAGUACUUUAUCGUCCUUUUAUAUUAUGUGUUAUCUUCUACAGUUCGUGUGCUAAUGAUAGUCGCGAGUAGUGACUCUCCAUAGUUCACAUUAAUUUAAGACCGUGGUUCACAUCAUAAACUAUUUAUGUGAUCGUUAUUGGCUUAUCGCAUAUUAUUGUAUUUCGUCGAAAAUAUGUUGCAAUGCUGUACGCGUUUCGAUAAAAGUAUAGGUAUUUCAUUUUGUUAUUUGUUGUUUACUCGUUAGAGAGGUGUCCAUGUAUCCUCUUGUUUUUCGUAUUUGUUGAGCUUUUUUAGUUUUAAAUUAUAUCACUGUGUUUAAAUGAAAAUGCCGAAAGUUGCUCCUAAAAAAAGAGACCUCGUAAUGAGGUACGUGUGAGAUUUUCCGGACGAAAUGUUUCGUAGAGAUUCGAAUAUUUUGUACUGUGAUGCAUGUGAUAAAGCCGUAUCAACUUCUCAGCGCUUUCAAGUUACACAACACAUAGAAACUGCAAUUCAUAAAGAAAAUAAACAGCGAAAGACAACAAAAGUAUAAGAGUUUAUUACCUUGUGCACUUCACCGUCCAAUAAAUCAACUUUUAAUAGUGACUUAUGCACAGCUUUAAUUAAAGCAGAUAUACCAUUGCGAAAACUCGAUAAUAUUAAUUUUUGUCAAUUUCAUGAAAAAUGCAUAAGUAGUAAAAUAAUAUUAGAAAAAAUAUUUCUAGUGGACCAAUCUGGAUUUCCAUGGAUGAAACAAUCGAUGUAGAAGGAAGGUACGUAGGAAAUAUAAAAGUUGGUAAAUUGAAUUCAGAUUUUGCUUCAAAGCCUAUUUAUUAAAUACUGAAGUUCUUGAAAAAUUUAACUACUCAAUAGUUGCUCGUUUUGUCAACGAUUCUUUGGGUAUUCUCUGGCCAAAUAGUAUUUUACAUGAAAGAGUACUCUUAUUUAUAUCAGACGCAGCCCCCUAUAUUGUGAAAGCUGGAAAUGUUUUACAUGUAUUUUAUCCUAAAAUAAUUCAUGUGACCUGUCUUGCACACGCUUUCCAUCGUGUCGCAGAAACAAUUAGAUCAGAAUUUUCCGAAGUUGAUUUUUUGAUAUCAACUGUAAAAAAAAAUUUCCUUAAAGCACCCAGUCGCGUAAAUUUAUUUAAAGAAAAUUACCCUCAUACACCUCUUCCCCCAGAGCCAGUGAUAACUCGCUGGAGUACUUGGUUAGAAGCUGCUGCAUAUUAUUGCGACAAUUUUAGUGUCAUUGAAGAUGUGAUUUCAAAACUUGAAAUAGAUGCUGUUUCAGUAGAAAAUGCGACAAAUUUAAUUAAAAGUACCUCAUCGAAAAAUAAUAUAGUGUAAAUAUCCUCCAAUACUACAUUCCUUGCCAAUUCUAUUACGAAACUUGAAGCUUAAAACUUGUCUGGCUGAUAGCCUAGGUAUUGUCUCUAAUAUCGUCAAAAAAUUGAAAGAAGCCCCUGGGGAGGUCGGAAUAAAAAUCAAAAAAAAGUUGAACAACUACUUAGUAAAAACCCAGGUUUAAAGACACUUGAAGCUUUUGCAAACAUUCACAACGGCAGCGAUACGCAAACUUAUUUCAGGGAUUUUGUAAAGUUCAAAAUAUACAGCUCAUUAUACAAGAUAAACAAAUCGUUUUUUUUGGUUUAUAAAUAACUGUAACGUUUUAAUAGUUCAUGAUUCAAAAAGCAUAUAUGACAUUCCCUCCAAAAUAUUGUUCUCUAUACAUUUCUUAGUAAGUACUUUUACUCCAAAAUCAAAAUUAAGCUAGUUUUACUUAUUUAGCAUAAGCAUUUUUAUUGAUGCGGGUAUCUUUAGAAUCCAUAUUUCGUAAUAUCAUAGAAUAUUAUAAUAAGCAAAUCAACAAAGAAUUAAUACUACAGUAUUUGCUAUAAAGUAUUAAACAAUAGUAUAAUUAUAUUAUAUUAUUUAACUAUAAUAAUAAUUAUAACUAUGGUAUAAUAUAAUUGAUGUCAUUAUAUCAAUUGUAUAAAUAUUCUAUUAUCACAGCCAUAUAUUCAUUUUAAUAACUCUGUAUUACUAUUGGUGGAUGCCAAAAUUCUUUGCUGCUAGGAAGCUCUCGUAUGCACAUAUGGUAGUUGGGAUAACAGGAUAGUAUCGGGUUUAUUAUAAGUUGAAUGUAUAAUAGUAAAGAAAAUUGAACGUAGUAUAGUAGUAGUAGUAGUUUUUUUUUUUUUAUAAGCCUUCUAAGAUCAAAUUCUGACAAAAAUCAUAACUAUAGUUUAUCGUUACUAUAUUUUUUUCUAAAUUUGUGAUUUCAAAAAACUUUGUCCAUCGAUAUUUUUUAUAGUUCGGGGAUUAUUUUUACUCAGAAAGAAUACACGAUUUUUGUAACAUAAUACACCGAUAAUACUAUAGCUCGCAUUCGACUGUUCGUUUGAAAUAUACCUACCUAUAUUAUUAUAGCGUCUUAUAAUUCACUGUGGAAAAAAAAAAAUAUUUCCAAUCGAACACGGGUGUUUUUUCCUCUUUUUAUUUUUUUUACAUCUGCAAAACACGUCCGCUUCGAAUUUCCACCGUACAAAGUAACAUUAAUGAAUAAACGGCCGGCGGCACGGUGGUGGUGAACGCAUUAUUUCAUUGUUGUAGAAAUGGUGUUCCGGGUGACAAGAGCAUUGUCAGAAAACGUAUUAUAUUAUUAUACCGCGCGUAGCGUAGUGUGUGUAGUGUAUAUACGGUGUGGGGUAAAAACUGUAAAUUUAAUACUUUCCCAUAGAAAAAAAAAAAAAAAAAUGAAACAAACUGCGGAGCGAAUAAUAAUGUAUGUUAUAGUAAAAUAUAUAUGAAAAAAAAAAUAGCAAUUCACUAGCAGAACCGGAACGCGGAAACGGCCCGGGCGAAUCUGUCGAAUCUCAAUUGUGACAAUGGGAUGCGGAUCCCGGUUAUAUUGCGACGACGACAAUAGGGUUAAAAGGGGUUCCGACAAAACUACAGCUUUUGUGUAACGGUUGUAUAUAUAUAUAUAUAUAUAUAUAUACAGUUUGUAUAGGUUCCGCCGAAAUAACGGUCAGCAGCAGGUGAGACGUUAACGAACACGACAAAAAAAGGGGGCAGGGGAUUAUAAAAAAAAAAAAAUUAGGACCUCGGUGAAAGAGAAAAUCGAAGGGAAACAAUUCAAUAAUGUGUGUGCCGCGCUUUUUUGUUUACAAAAAAAAAAAAACUACCAAUAACCUAUAUAUUAUAGGAGAGGGGUAAGGCGUCGGGAUGUUGCCGGAGCGCUAUUAUAUUAUAUAUGAACAAUCCGGAAUCAUUAUUAGAGUGUAAAAUGUUUAUAAAAAAUUUUAAAAGGGGGUAUAGAGCUGCACACCACCUGGAAGUAGUCGGAAAACGAUUUCACUAUACGAAUGAACGCGGAAGUGUCAUCGAAUCCAUAAUAUUAUUUUUAUCAGGUUUUUUGCCUCGAUUUUUUACUAUAACACUUUUAAUACUUGUCAAAGUUUUUUUUUUCUGAAAUCCAUAAUGUGCGCUUACAACUUUUAUUAAUACAGUGUGUAAUCGUUAUUUAGAAACACUAUAAGUCUGCACAAAUUUAAUGUAUUUGAAUUCUGCUUUUUUGGUUGCCUAGCAAACAUUUUUAUAUACUUAUUAACCUAUUUUUAUGACAUUUAAUUUCAUACAUACAUAUAACAACUUUUUUUUUUAAAUAACAACACCCCACUUUUUUUGGCUAUUAUUUUUAUUCUUAUUUGUUUUAUGAAUUUUAAUGGUCUAACGAACUUCCUAUGUUAAACAAUUGCCGAGUUUUGGAUAUUUAAAUGUUUGAUAUUAAUUCUAAUUGUUUUUUGGAUAUUUUUAUAUUAUUCAAUUAUUUACAAAUUUUUUUAGAUUUACAAAUAAUGUUCAAACAUAUUAAUUUUAUUUAUAUUAUUAGAUAUUUUAAAAUAGUUAAUAAAUUAUAGGUACGGGUUUGUGUAAUGUAAUUAUCGUGAGGCAUUAUUUGAACAAAAACAUUGAUAAUCGUUGGAUAGGAACUAAUGGAAUAAUGAAAUGGCUACCUCAAUAUUAGGAUCUUACACCAUUAUACUUCUUUUUAAGAGGACAUCUAAAAACUAUCUAAAAAACCUAACAUCCACGUAGCAUACAAACUUUUAUUGAACCAUUAAUUGAUGUUUAAAAUUAUAAUGUUCAUAGUUGUAUAAAGUUAAAUUUUGAUUGAAAUACAAUCACUUUAAUGUUAAAUAAACCUUGCAUAAAAGUAAUUUGAAUGGAAAACGUAGAUUUAAUUAAAACUUAUGUAUUGAUAUUAAAUGAUCAUUUUUCCAAGAGUUUAUUUUUGAUUGAUUCAAAUAAUCAAUCUAAAAAUAACCAUUGUUCAAUGCAAUCAUUACAUUUAAUUAAUAUUAACUACAGAUUUAUUUUAACGUUUAUGUAAUGUUGUAUAUUCGUAGAAACUUGAAAUUUGGAUAAAACAUUUAUAUUUACCUUUUAUAGACGUGAUAAAAUUUUCAAAAAAUUUAAACAAUUUUUGAGUUAUAUAAAGACAUUUUAAUUUCGUGAGUUUUGUACGUGAUUUUUAUUCAGUAGGUAUUCUGUGGUAAAAUUGUUAACAUAAAUGCUUGAAAAUUUAAUAGGAGGCUUAAUAUAAGUCUUAAAUUGUAGUAAAAUAAAAAAUUGAGGUUAAUGUAGUAUUUUUUUUACAUAGGAAUUUUAAUAGCAAAUCUUGACGAAAAUCGUUAAAUAAAAAAUUAUGUGGAAUAAAUCUAAUUUUUCAAUUUUUUGUUUUGAACAUAUUGAUGCUCUCAAUAAAGAGAGAAGUAACUCACUUUUUUUCAUUUUUAAAUUUAUCCGCUAAUUUUGUUACGUUUUUUUCUUCUUUUCCCACGAAAAAGGCAAUAAGGACAUAAUUCAAGUUACAUUUUAUUCAAUUUUUUUUUCCAUCGAAAAAGAACGUAAGUCAUAUAAAAAAUCAAAAUAUGACUUAAGAUCAGUUACAGGAAGACAUUUUUAAAAAACCAAAACAAUUUCCCAUCUAACACUAAAAUAUAGAAAAAUAUUAAAAAGAGCAAAAUAUUAAAAAAUUAAAUUGCACAAUAAGAAUUUAAUUUAAAAAUCUUUAAACUGCUUUCCUGCAAAAUCACAAAAAGUGAGUUACUUCCCUCUUGGGAGCGUCGAUUAUAGUAAAAAUUGAGCGGACUGACUUAGGUUCGAAAUUAUAGCUUUUUGAAGUUCUGAUAUGAUUCGGAUAUUAUAUGUUAUGUUAAAUAAGUAAAUCUCAAUAUAUUUGUCGUAGUUUAAUCGUAAUACAUGUCUAUUGGCAUCUUAUGGUUCAUAAGUUUAAACUCGGGUUUCGAAACAAAAUAUUUGCAUUUUUUCCCCCUAUUAUCUAAACAAGGAAAAUAACAAAUACAUUGAAAGAGUACCUAGAGACCAAGCCAUCGCUCGCUCGGACUAUUUUAAUCGUAAAAUACCUCUCGAUUUGUUGUGCAAACUUUUCUACCAGAAAUCUUGCUCUGAUGUAUCAAGUGUAGCUUAUUUUCUGAAAGUAAAUUUUAACUACAUAGUAAUUUUUUGAUUUUUCAUAAUAAUAUUUUUGAUAACCUUUUUUUAUAUCUGCUAUAAACUAGGAUGAAAGGUCGGAAAAAAGGAAAAUGUACGAAAUGUGGGUAAGUAUUGUAAACAAAUAUUAUGGACUUUUUUUUUCUGUGUACUUUUCUACCAGCAAUUUCGCUCAAAAUUAUAUUUAUAGCACUAUUUCUGAGAGGAAACCUAACUAGGAAGGUACUUUAGGGCGGUAGUUUUUCGAUUUUCUCAAGAGAGUUAUCCUAGCUAAUGUAAAAAUCGGGAAAAACAUGGGAAAACCAAGAAAAACGUAGGAAAACUGGGAAAAUUGGUAUAAAAUUAAACAAAUAUUAAAGAAAACACAAAGAGCUUAUUUAAUAAUUUGACUAUUAUAUAUAUUGUUGAAAAAGUAUCACUACCAUUAACUGAAUUUUGCUCAGAAUCGUUUUUCGUAAACAAUGGUUUAUAUCGUUGCAUACAGAUAUACAUUAAAUUACCUAUAACAGUGGCUGCACCCGUCCCUAUUUUUCGAUUUUCUCAUAAACAUGAAUAUGAAUAAUUGAAAAAAAAAACGGGAUUAUGUACGAAAUAUAUUACUAAAAUACUACUACUUUUUAUUCAUGUCCACAACUUUUCAAUCGGCAAUUUUGCUCCAAAUUUUAAAGAUAGCAAUAUUUUUAAAAGGAAAUUUCACUAGGGAAGUAAUUUAAAGAGGUAAUUUUUAAAUUUUCUCGUGAGUUUUCCUAGCAAAUGUAUUCACAUAAUAACCAGGAUAAAACAUGGGAAAACCGGGAAAAAUGUAGGGAAACCGUGAAAUGGAAAAAUCGGUAUAAUAUCAAAGAAAUAUUAUUAAAGAAAAUAUAUAGAGCCUAUUUAAUUAUUUUACUAUAAUAUGGCAUAUACAUAUUGUUGACAAAGCAUUACUAUCAACUGAAUUCCGCAAAGAUAUAUAUAUAUAUAAAUAUUAAAAUUCUUAUAUAUAAAAAAAAAAAAAAAACUGAUAUUGGAGAUGGGUGUAAUCGCUAUUGUAGGUGAGAAGAUUAGAAGGUAGGAUACAUAGGGUUAUUUUAUUUAUAUCUAUAAGCAACGAUUAACUAUUGCUGACGAAAGACGAUUCCAAGCGCAGUUCGGUAAAUACAUAAUUUGAAGUGCCGUAAUUUUUUACUUAAUCGUCAAAACACAACUUUACUAUAAAUAAUUGCGGUUAUCAUUUUUAUCAACAACAGUAUAAUUAUUAAGCUGACAGAACAUUUCUCCGAUUAUAAAUUACAAUUAUAGCUGAAAUUAUCAACAUUUUGUCAAAUAUUUGGUAUGCAUACUUUACUGGUGCAAUUUAAACAACGAAAUGUGAGCUUUCCGUUCAUUUUUCAAGUCACUACAUAUAUUUUUAAUUGAAUUACAACAACUUCGUCUUCUUCUGGUUUUUCUGAAUCAUUAUGAAAUCAAAAAGCGACUUACGCCAUGAGAAACAAGAUGUAUAAUAAAACAAUAAAGGUUUUUUGUCAUUUUUCGAUUAAAGCACUUUUCCUAAUAAUAAAUAAUUUCCGUAUUAAUGUAAAAUAAUGAUAUCAUGAAAUUGUAUAUUUUUCCUAAGUUUUCUCCCGAUCAUUAUGAAAACUAAUUAAAAAAUUAAAAAAAACGAACUUCAUCAUUAAAAACAAGAUUAAUAAUUUACCAAAAAGGUCUGUUGUCGUUAUUCAAUUGGAACUAUGUUUGUGCUAGAAAACGCGGUAGGUACUUAUUUAAAAUUACAAAAUCGAGAAAAAUCGUUUUUUUCCCCCGAAAUUCGUUUUUUUUUUAAUCACCGUUUCAAAAAUCAAAAAAUGUCUAUGAAUUUUCCAAGUAGAUACAAUUAACUUUCAAAAAAAGUGUUAUACUUAAGGCUCCACCACACGAAGUUACUCGGCAGCGCUGCUAUCGGAAAAAUACAAACGCAUACGGAUGGUUUCACACACAACCACAGCUAUUGAUUAGAAGCGCUACAGACGGUGAGAGUGGCUGACUUCACCGCAGAACGUCGCGUCUAAAAGUCGCGUUUCUCGUAACAGAACGUAUUUUUAGAUUGGGCGUUUCACACGCGACUGCAAUCGCACGACUAUUUUUUUAUGUUAUCCGUCAAAACAAGUUUCUACAAAUUAUUCUCAUUAGUGAAUUUUUCUUCGCAUGUUAUAAAUUCAGACCUGAAACAUUUUUAAUGAUUACUUAUUACUAAUUUUAUUAUAUUUGGUGGAAGAAAAGAUUAUAAUGAACGCACCUAUAAAAUUUAAAGUUUGUUAAAGUUUGUCCAGAAUUCCAUCCUUAGUUCCGAUUUUAUAUAGAACUGUGUUCUGUUUUUUUUUCAACACUACUCCGAUGAGAUUGGAAAGAUCUGUUUUGCCUUUAUCAAUAUCAGGAAUGGAAAUUACUACGUUGAUACUAUCAUCAAUCGUGGGAAAUUUUUCGUCACAUCGAGCCAUUAUUAUGAAAAAAAUAUUUUGAAAUUUAAGUAAUUUUAAGUAAAUUUAAAAAUAAAUAUAUGCAAAACUUUGUUAAUAUGUUUCCAACAUAUUUAUUUAUUAUUUAUAAUUUUAAAAAAAAAAAUGUACAAUUUCAUGUAUUUAACACUAUUAUUAUAUGACAUAUGCAGGACAAUGCAUCAAAAAAGAGUACUGUCCAACGAAAAAUAGUACGUCUGAUUACCACAUCUAUACUGUACUGGGAAGAUAAUAAUCUGAACGAAUCACACGACAGCGAGUGACAAUACAGUAUAUUAUUAAAUAACUAGCUGCCCGUCAUGCAAAAAUUCUUAUGACUUAUUAGGGUAAUUUACUGUUUUGUUUCAAGCAUAUGUAAUUAAAUCCUAUAAUAUUUGAACAUAUUAAAUAUGCAAUUUUAUUAUAUACUUAUUAGAAUAUAUUAUGCAAGUAAUUACUUGAAAGUGUAUAUUUUACAAUUAUGGGUAUUCGUAGAAAUUUGCCACUGACAAAUUUAACUUAACAAUUCACAGGUCAAAUUCUUUUACAUCAAUAUAUCGUUUACAAACUACAAAUACUGGGAUAGUCUUGUCUGUUCUUUUACUGAUUUGUGAUUAAUAAUGUUUAUAAUUAUUUAUUGUCCAUUUAUAUAAUUAUUAUAAUUCAUAUAAUGGAUUAUUACACUACAUACUUUUGAUACUUUAAAAUAAACUACCUACUAUAAAUAAUUGUCUAAAUAAUAAAUAACACAUUUUAUAAUUAGGAAUAAUAUUUAUAUUAAUACAAUUUUAUUAUAUGGUUACAGUUUUACUUCAAUACGUAUUUAUUUUGUUUUGUUUUUUGUUCGUGUAUUUAUAUGAAUACUUUUAAACAUUGAAAAUAAACAUGAUUAUAUUAUCUUAAUUUUUUAAAUUUUUAUUGCAAGUCAUUUUUUGGAAAAUUGUUAAAACCCAAUCUAAGCAUGUUACAUAUGCAUCUAAUAGAGAAUACUAAAUAUAACACAUUUCUUAAAUUAACACACAUAGUAGGUAUUAAGUAUUUAUAAGCAUAGUGUUUAAUUAUCAAUAAGUUUGUAAAUAUACAAUAAUUGUAUAUCUACAAAAUCUUUUAUGUAAUUAUUACAUAAAAGGAAAAAAUAAUAGUAUUUAAUAAUAAAUUGUAAAUAAUAGUUAGCUAUUUGAAGUUAAUUUUUUUAUUAACGUUUUUUCAUGUUGCAGCCUGUACUUUUUAUAUCGGAGCUCUAAUUUUUCAUUAUUAAUUAAAUUUAGUACAUGUAUUUUCUGUGACACCUGGAGCAUCUAGAAAAAAAUAAACCACAAUUUUGGGAAUUAAUAUUAUCCGAAAGAAAAAAAAACGAAAUUGAUUAUUGACGUUUAAUUGGGGAAAUCGAACCAGCGACCAGUCAACCUUAAGUGUUUCCUAACCUAACGCCUAACCUAUCAAACUUCCUACCCAUCAUUGGAAAACAGUAUCGUUUUAUAGUAUAGAAACCGACAAUAAUACCAUUAUUAUUAUUCUUAAUAGAGAUUCCCCGUCGGCUGGAUCGACACAAUAAUAAUAAAAUAGAUAAAAGAAUUCCAUCGAAAACAGUUGUGUGGAAAACGAUUAAACGCGCGAGAAAAACAACGUUAUCGGAAAUCUCAUUAGUGUGAAGGAGAGGUCCCUUCGUCUGCAUACUUGAGUUAGAAUCGUAUAGAUAAUAUGUCAUUGGCAUACGAUAAUAUUAUACAGAUUACAAAGGUAGAUAAAUAUUGAACAGACGGACCGACCGAAGGUUUACGCAGUAACACGAUUUUACGCAGCGCGUUAAUAUUUUAUUAUUAAUACCUAUUAUACUCGUACUCCGGUAGUUUUUAUUAUUUCUUACACCUAGCUUGGUAUAUAGGUACGCUUGUAUUUUAUUUUUCGGCAAUUUUUCACUUCUAUUGUAUUCCUCCCCCGUUUAUACAUACCUAUAUUGUUAUAAUCUAUAGGUAUUAUAUCACAGCGUUUUUGAAGGAACCUACUACCACACCACACUGCACCGCAACUAAACUUCUCCACCAACCACUGUCCACACGGUAACGUGACACACACAUUUACCUAUAUGAUAUACAUAUAUACACGUAUUUUUUUUCUUAUUAUUAUUAGUAAACGUCCGUAGCAGUAGUAAUAGACGUGGCUACAGUAUAUCGUUUUUUUGAUGUACCUACUUGUAUUAUGUGUGUGUGUGUGUGUCAAACACAGUGUUACGAACAUAGUUGAGUGUUAUCCGGUCUCGGUACCUGGUAUAAUAUUUUUUUAUACGAACCGCGAGCGUGAGACAAUCGACUACGACAGUGCGUAUCGAAUCGCCAAAAUCAACGCCGCCACGGUUCGUUUUUAUACCUAUAUAUACGUCUUUCCUACACCACACACACACACACACACACAUUUUUAUAUUUACAAGUUAUAAUAAUGUAUAGGUUCAACGAUCUACGGGCACGGUUAUUAUUUUUUGUAUUUUUUUUUGUUCCACUCUUUUGUCGACAUCUCUGGCUCUCUUCGGUCUCGGCCGUGUAAAAUAUAAUAUAUAUAAUAUUGGUAUCUAAAUACAGAGACUGUUUGGAUUUUGCAGAUACCGCGGAAGCUGCACACGCGCGGAAAUUUUCAAAUAAGACUCUUGUGUUUUAUUUUUAUUAUUAUUUUAUUUUUAAUCAUUUCGUUUUUUUUCCUCAGAGUGUAUAAUGUAUACUACCUCGAUUUUUUUAGAAUCACAGUGAAUCAAGGGAUCUAUUGGUUUUACUAUAAUGUGUAUUUUCUUUUGGUUUGUAACCAACUUUUCUCCUAGAAAUCUUGCUCCAAUCAAUAAAAAAGAGAACUGUUUUGUUGUAUUUUGACUUCAGACGGUAUUUUAAAAAAGACAUUAUUUUAAAUUCGUAUUAAUAUUCGAGAUAAUGAGGAAAAAUUGGUUUUUUUGGUUAAAAAGAUUAAAAGAUUAAAAUUAAAGUUGUCAUUUGCAACCGUUUUCAUUUAUUUAUUGUAAUAAUUAAGUUUUUAUUAUUUUAAUCUUUUAACCUUUUUUAAACAAUCGUUAUCGUGAAAAAGUAAUACUAUUGACCGACAAUUUCGCUCAGAAUCGUUUUCGUUAGCAAUGGUUAAUCGAUCUUCCCAACUUCUCUCCUUCAGCAGUAGUUUUUCUUAUGCGUUUAUUUUAUUUUUUCAUUACGAUAAUAAUAAUAACAUUAUUAUGCCCGUAUAAUAAUAUAUUAAUCUAUUGUGUAUCGAAUAUUCGAUUGACGUAAGAGCACGCGUGCACACUGUAAUUUACUAUAAUACACAUUAAACAAAAAUAUAGUUGCAGCAAAGUUGAGGGUGGGGUCAAAGGGAGCAGCUUCACUAGGUGGCAAUUUUUUAUGACGAAAACUAAAGUUAUGAAGUUACUUAAUUAUAAUUUUUAAGAAGAAUUAUGAAUUAUUGAAAAGAUACAUGAUAAAUAGUAAUAAUAAUAAUAAUAUAUAAGGUGAUCAAUCUAUCAUAAGACACUCAUUAUCUCGGAAAAUAUUAAUUUUAUUCAAAAUUUGUUUUAUAGACAAUUUUAGAAACAAGCAGUAAAUUUUAAAUUUAUGUUAUUAUUUAUCACCCUAAUUUUCGGGUGACAAUAUAUUCCACUUUUAAGUUUGAGUCGGGGAAGAGUAAUAAAACAUAAUUUGUGUGGAGGCACAGCGCGCGGCGAUUUAAUGAUGUACCACUCCUCACCCAGACCCAAACUUAAAAGUGGAAUAUCUCAUCAACGGAUUAACGAAAAUUAAAAAUUUAAGCAUCAAAAUUUAUUUUAACUAUUACUCCAUCUAUUUAUGGAAUUUUUAUUAAAGCUUGUCAUUUGAAAAUCAAAAGUAAGUAGUCGUUUUACUCCCAAAAAUUAGGGUAAUAAAAAAUAAUUUAAAUGUUAAAUUUUGGAACAGUUUAUUUCUUAAAUAUUCUUUAAAACAAAUUUUGAAACAAUUUAAUACUUUUUGAGAUAAUGAGUGUCUUAUGAUCAUCCUGUAUAUUAUUUGCUACGCCAAAUGUAUGGACCCAUAAUGGACAGAAUAUAGAAAACGCGGUGGUACCCGAUUGAGCUGGGUCCAUACUCUACGGAACGUUUGUUUGUACGAUUGAUGUUUUUUAUCUACACAUAUAAUCAAUUUUGUCAAAAAUGCUUUUGAUAAGAUACUAAUACUAGUAUUCGUACAAAAAAGUAUUAAAAAUACGUUCAAAAUACUAAUAUAAUAUUGUGUAUUAUGCAUAUUAGUAUAUGAGCCUUUUAUGUUACUACUUACCAUAUAUUUUAAAAAUUGCACAAAUACAUCAAAACGGUAAAAUGGAAUAAAAAUAUAAACGACAAUAUUGUAAAUAUGUGAUAUAGAUAUACUAUAUAUCAUAAGCUUCUUCGCUCCAUUCAGAAUUUAAAAUGUGCGACUUUAAUUUUAAUGAGAAUUAAUAUCAAAACACUAAAAAUUAUAAAAGUAUUAGUUACUGUGUUUUAUCAUUCGACAGUCAAAUACAAUACUUACUCGCCGUGUGUCUGUUCAUUAAAAAUGUAUAGCAAUCAGCUUCUCACCUGACUGUACAAGCAAUCUGUUUAAUUUCUACUAAAUAAACAUAAUGCAAUGUUUAUUCAUUUAUUUUCUUGUUUAUUAAAUUCAUAAUUUGAUUUAUUUUUGAAUAAUAAAAUAAUAUAAUAUAAUUUGUUUUAUUACGUUUUACUGUAUUUUACAAUAUUUUUCUGUUGUUUUAAAAAUAAUACAACUUGCAAUGUUCAUCUUUUGAAGUAUACAAGUGUCCUGCUUUAAGGAGAAAAAAUUAUGAUUUCAUUAGGUAGGUAUACUGAAGAAUAUUAAUACUACAUGUACCUAAUAACUUAUUUGGUAUAAUUCCCACACAGCACAAGUUAUCUAUUUGAUAUCCAUUAUAUAUGCAAAAUAACCAUACAAUGUCUUAUCCAAAAACUAGUUUAUAUGUAUAUCCAUAUGGCAUGUCAAUACCAUAUGAUACCAUACAAUAUCCUAUAUAAGAAUGAGUUUUAGUAGAAAUACAUUGGAUGUAUUAAAUAGUAUGUGUAUAAAAUGUAUUUAAUGGUUCAUCUACAUAGGAACCUUUAUGAAUAUCCACUAGAUAUGUUAAAUAACCACAGAAUGACCGACAAAUGCCAUAUGGCUCAUGAAAUAUUACAUAAUAAUGUAUAUAUUGUAUAAUAUUAUAUUAUUAUAUAGAUUAGGUUAUCAGUUUCACUAUUAUCAAACUAUUAUCAAAACAUAUAAAAUGAUAAGAGUGAUGUAGUUACCAAGGUUUAAUAUCAUAGACAAUAAUUCUAUGUUUAAAACAUGUAGUUUAUUAUUUAAACGUGGUGGUUAAUAAGUUUAUCGUAGUUGUCUUGUAAUUUUCUUCUUACUAUUAAAUUGCAUAAUUUUUUUUGGUCACUGUUAUCUAAAAGACUAUCAUUAUUAUAAGUAUCUAUCUAAUAAAGUCUUUCCUUCUGUGGUAUUUUGUAAAUAAUUUACCAAUUGACAGCGUUGAAAAAUAAAUAAUAUAAUAUACUAUUGGUAUUAUUAUAAGUAAGCAAUGCUUAAAUUGGGGUAGACCAGAGGGACGGAGCUCCUUUACUACUUUUAUUUUAACCUUGGUAACUACAUCACUCUUAUCAUUUUAUAUGUUUUGAUAAUAAUUUGAUAAUAAUGAAACUGAUAACCUAAUCUAUAUAAUAAUAUAAUAUUAAACAAUAUAUAGAUUAUUAUAUAAUUUUUCAUGAGCCAUAUGGCAUGUGUCGGUCAUUCUGUGGUUAUUUGACAUAUCUAGUGGAUAUUCAUAAAGGUUCCUAUGUAAAUGAACCAUUAAAUAGCUAUUUGAUACAUCCAAUGUAUUUCUACUAAAACUCAUUCUUAUAUAAGACAUUGUAUGGUAAUUUGAAAUAUCAUAUGGAUAUACAUAAAAACUAGUUUUCACAUAGGCUUUGCAACCUGUUAGUGUAGGAUCCGGAAUGAUGCACAAUUUAUACCUACCCUUUCAAGUUCCUUCUUGAUCGACAGUAUGGCCUCUACCAUCUUCCUGAAUUCCUCCGCAUGUCUCCUGGUUACGCUCAUCAAUCCAGACCUUAUCCUUGGAUCCUCAGGAAGCUCUUCUGUGAUCAGGCAGUCAAUAUACUCCUGUAAGGCGUUCACAGUCAGAGGAAUUCCGUUUCGAACGAGGCGCGUUCAGUAUUGAUCCCAUUACGAACACUGGAUGAGCGUGUGCUCAACGUUGACCUGAUCAUAACCACACUGUACGUACCUUGGGAUACGAGCUCUCAGCAUUUUAAAAAGGAAAGUCCUGAAAACAUCCGUCACCUAUCAGUGCCUGAGUUAAAUGAAACAACAACGGGAACCUGGUUGGCCGGUUCAGCUAUCUGGUUAGAUCUGGAAUAAUCCGGCGCAUCCACCCAGACUCCUUUCGGGACCAUCUAUCUGCCCAAUCUUCAAUAGUAGCUCUCCUCGCCUCCUGUUUGAUCACUCCCUUGUUCAUAGGGGGGAUGCGCUCCGUCACGCCUUACUCGAUCAGACACACGGCUGCGUUCGAUAGCUAGUAGAUCGGUUGGAGGGAGGCAUCUCAGCCAGCACUUGUGCAGCUUCUGUCGGAACCGUCCUAUAGGCCUGGAUUGCCCUCAGUCAAAUCAUUUCUUUCCCCACCAAUUUUUGUAAAAGGUCUAAUCUGUUUUACCGAUCUCUGCUCAGAACUCAUCGAGCUAAUUGGAGUAGACAAUUUCUCCUGUAAAUCCUCAGUUAACUGCCUAAAAAUUAUGACGACCAACCCAGCUUUCUAUAGAACGCUGAUCCAUUUCCUCAAGGAACAAAAAGCGGAAUAUCACACAUAUCAGCUAAAGGAAGACAAACCAAUGCGGGUAGUCAUCCGAAAUCUCCAUCCAUCCACGUCCACGGAACUUAUCAAAUCGGAGCUCGAGUUGCGCUUAUUUGAAGUACGUCAAGUAACUAGCGUAUUACACAAAAUCGAUAAACACCCUCUUCCGCUAUUUUUCGUGGACUUCGAACCAACAAGUCAGUCCAACGAUAUUCAUAAGCUUAAAUCUCUUAUCCAUACCAAAAUUAAAGUGGAAGAACCAUACAAAUUAAAAACAAUAAGCCAGUGUAUCAAUUGCCAGGAUUAUGGUCAUACCAAAUCGUAUUGCGGGUAUCCAGCUCGCUGUGUCUGCUGCGGUGCUCUCCACUCUUCUUCGGCCUGUACAAACCCACGGGAUGCUACUCCUAAAUGCGCCCUCUGCUCCGGUGAUCAUCCUUCAAACUAUAAAGGUUGCUCAGUUUACAAGGAGCUACAGCUUCGCAACAAACCAAAAAUGAGCAGUCCUUUGCUGGGGNUUUAAACAGCUCAGCUUUUUCAGCAUCGGUAGUUGCAAGUCCACCAUGAGGAUUUAUUAUGGGAACGAGCGGAGGUUUGUAUUUUAGAAGAAUUUUGGUAGUUGACCAGAGAUUGCCAUUCUUAGGUGACAAAUUUGAGAGAUGAUUUUCAAAAGAUUGAUUUUUAUGCUUGAUGAGUAUUUUUUUCAGUGAGUUAGAUAGAUUGUUAUAAAUACGUUUGUGGGAUGGAAGGCGUGAGCGUUGGUAUUGGGCCCUUGCUCUACGCUUAAUGGAUAUAAGGAUGCGAAUAUAUUCAGGGACUGACGAAGCGACAUCGUUGCUAUCCUACCAAAACUCUUUCUCCAUACUAUUGAUAGGCAUAAAUUCCACGACUUGGUCGAUCAAAACAUAAAUCUCAAAAUUAGUCUCAAAUCUCCCAAGAAAUUGAUGUAUCGAUAAAUAACCUAACAAGUAUAAUCCAAUCUGCAGCUUGGGCUUCCGGUCCUACCAAAACUCAUUAUUCAAAUGUUGCUUCGUCCGUCCCGGAACAUAUUCGCAUCCUCAUAUCUAUUAAGCGUAGAGCAAGGGCCCAAUACCAACGCUCACGCCUUCCAUCCCACAAACGUAUUUAAAACAAUCUAUCUAACUCACUGAAAAAAAUACUCAUCAAGCAUAAAAAUCAAUCUUUUGAAAAUCAUCUCUCAAACUUGUCACCUAAGAAUGGCAACNAUUCAAAUGUUGUUUCGUCAGUCCCGGCAUAUAUUCGCAUCCUUAUAUCCAUUAAGCGUAGAGCAAGGGCCCAAUACCAACGCUCACGCCUUCCAUCCCACAAACGUAUUUAUAACAAUCUAUCUCACUCACUGAAAAAAAUACUCAUCAAGCAUAAAAAUCAAUCUUUUGAAAAUCAUCUCUCAAACUUGUCACCUAAGAAUGGCAAUCUCUGGUCAACUACCAAAAUUCUUCUAAAAUACAAACCUCCGCUCGUUCCCAUAAUAAAUCCUCAUGGUGGACUAAUAGAAGACUUACGUAUCUCACACAUCCAUUACUAGUCAACAUAUUACAUAUAUAAUUAGUUAUCAUUUAGCCAACUUUUAUUUAUUUAUUUAUAUUUUUAUCUUUCUUAUUUUAUAUUUAUAUCUAUUUUAUNCUCUCAAAUUUGUCACCUAAGAAUGGCAAUCUCUGGUCAACUACCAAAAUUCUUCUAAAAUACAAACCUCAGCUCGUUCCCAUAAUAAAUCCUCAUGGUGGACUUGUAACUACCGAUGCUGAAAAAGCUGAGCUGUUUAAAGAACAUCUAACUGAAACCUUCAUGCCUCACCCGGAUAUACAAAUACCUUCUCAUACUGACAUAGUAAAUCGCUCACUCAUUUCCCCCCUUUCUACUUUUCCCGCAGUUAAGCAUUUCACUCCUGGUGAAGUCAAAUUUACAAUUCAAAAAUACAGUCUCAAAAAAUCUCCGGGGUUCGAUCUGAUUACUGCAGAAGUGGCCAGAUCCCNAUCGAUAUUUUCAGGUCAGAGUUGGCACAUCCCUUUCUGGUUUAGCAAAGAUUAGCGCAGGCGUUCCUCAGGGGGGCAUUCUUUCUCCUCUAUUAUAUAACAUCUACGCUGCCGAUCAACCCACCUCUCCGAAUACAGCUGUUGCGGAGUUUGCCGAUGACAAGGCCAUUAUUUCUAUCCAUGAUAAUCCUCACACAGCUUCCCACAACCUUCAACUCCACCUUGACCUCAUGGCUGAUUGGUAUAAAAAAUGGCGUAUCAAAGUUAAUCAAUCCAAAUCACUCCAUACAACAUUUACUCUUCGUCUUACUCCCUGUCCUAUGGUGUCUCUAGACAAUAUUCAAAUCCCUUCCUCUCAAACGGCCAAAUACUUAGGUCUGACAAUUGAUCGUCGUCUCACUUGGUCACAUCACAUAAAAACUAAAAGGCUUGCCUUAAAUGCACGACUCCGCAUCCUUAAAACCCUAAUCUCUAACAACAAACACACUCCAUUAAAUACUAAACUCUUAAUUUACAAAUCCCUGUUCAAGCCGAUGUGGACCUAUGGUCUUCAACUCUGGGGCAAUGCCAAAAUAUCCAACACUAAUAAAAUUCAAACUUUCCAAAAUAAAUUCCUUCGCUUAAUUACUAAUUCUCCCCCUUACAUCUCAAAUCUAACUUUACAUACCGAUCUAAAAAUGAAAUCAAUCCAUGAAGAAGCAGUAGCCUUUUACAAACGAUUCCACUCUAAACUCCCUUCUCAUUCUAACCCUCUCAUUUCGAACCUUGCCACUCUCACUAUUCCUGGGAAUUCUCCUAGAAGGCUCAAAAGGAAAUGGUGUCGAGACCUCCUCACUGUUUGA